UGGCGGAAACGCACACCAGAAGGUUGCUUGCCAACCGCCAUUUAACAAAAGAAGAAGAAGCCAUUAAACCACCGAAGAAGAAAAAGGAGAAGCGUAUGCAGCCAAACAUGGCGGAAGGUGUAGGCUGUCAGCAUUACACACGAAGCUGUUUACUCAAAGCACCUUGCUGUGGCAAACUCUACGUGUGUCGGCUGUGUCAUGAUGCAGAGGAGGGUCAUCAAAUGGAUCGAUUUAAAGUGGAAGAGGUGAAGUGUAUUGACUGUCAAACAUUGCAACAGGUUCAACAGGCUUGCCAGCAGUGUCACAUACAGUUUGGGGAGUAUUAUUGUGACAUUUGCCACUUGUUUGACAAGAAUAAGAAACAGUACCACUGUCAUCCCUGUGGAAUAUGCAGGAUUGGGCCAAGAGAGAAAUAUUUUCACUGUAGCAAAUGCAAUUUAUGUUUAGCGCAAGAUCUGCAGGGAAACCACAAGUGUGUCGAGAACGUUUCGCGGCAGAACUGCCCAGUGUGCAUGGAGGAUAUCCACACAUCUCGAAUUGGAGCUCACGUUCUUCCCUGUGGUCAUCUUCUCCAUAAGACCUGUUUUGAUGACAUGGUCAAGACUAAUGCGUAUCGCUGCCCUCUUUGUAUGCACUCUGCCUGGAACAUGGAGGACUACUGGGAUCAGAUGGACAAAGAGAUUGCUCAUUCACCGAUGCCCACUGAAUACCAGGAUGCCACUGUCAAGAUUAUAUGUAACGACUGUCAAGCACACUGCACGGUACCUUUCCACGUCUUGGGGAUGAAGUGCAGCAGCUGUGGUUCGUAUAACACCGCACAAAACGGAGGUCUCAUCCAGCAGCGCCAUCCAGAGCCAGGAGACGGCGACGACAACGACAGCGACAUGCCCGAGACAAACGCGGAGCCGGAGCAGCAGGAUGAAGUAGGGUCAGCUCUGGCACAUUAGCACAUGGAUUAUAUCACAAUUGUACACAAGUAUACAAGUGUUUGUAAUACCAUGGUGUAGUUCCCAUUUCUCUCCUGUGCCUGCUUAUCCAACUAACUUUGCAGUCGCCCUGAUCACCUUCCACUUUUACACAGUCUAUUUCCUAAGCAGCCAAACUCAUGAAUAAUUAUAUUUAAUAUGUACUGUUUACAAUCGUGAAAAAAAACCCUAUUCUAUUUCAUCAGAAACAUAUAACAUAUCAAAUUAUGUUUUGAACAAAUAUAUUCAAUAAGGGACUGAAAUGCAUGAGGCAAAUAAUUACAAUACUGUUCAAGUUAAAAAAUGUACAAUUGUUCCUGAAAACUAUUUGAAUAUUAAACAAUGUGAAUAAAAUGUUGCUUUCUGUUACAAGGCCCAUGUAAAAAUAUUUUCAGGGUCAUUUAAAAAAAUGUUCUAAAAAGUGCAUACUUUCUAAUGACUGACUGGUCUGUUUGGUAUGUUCUGGUAUUUCAAUUUUCUUUUCAUAGAGGGAUCUUGGAAAAACAAAAAUGACGGGUUUAUUUGAAUUUCGCUUUAAAAUAAAAUUGAAAAACAAAACGUUUUUCUAUUUUGGUUUUGAAAAGAAAAAUGAAGAUCCCUAGUAAACAAAAAUGAGGGGGAAAAAAGACCAAAACGGACGUUUUUCAGUUGCAGACAUCGGAAGUUUUAUUUUCAACGUAAAAGCGUACCCGUGUGUCUGGCUAAAUGUCUUUAGCGCUCUAUACAGAAAAUAUUUUAGACUGGGCACGACGAGGUCUGACAUCUGCAUAUCCAGGUAUCUAUAUGCACAAAUAAAAGGGAUUUGCUCACGUAUCAUAGUACAGAUUUUCUUACAGGAAAGUCUGUGGUCCUGUCUUUAAAAACGCUACUUUCGGUUCCGGUGUCGGAAUAUGAAAACAUCAAAUAAAAUCACAUGUACAUAAGUAUUCA